AUGAACAUCGACUACUCCCGAAGGAAUAAGAAACCCCGGCUACUUCUGGAGCCGGAGAGGCAGGAAUUGGAGGAGUUUAUCGAAGCCAUACAUUAUUCCGCCAGAUAUUCAGACAGCGAGUUCGAAUAUCGCCAUGUCCAGCUGCCCAAAAAUAUGCUUAAAAAGAUACCUACCGACUAUUUCGAUACAUCGAAGGGGACACUGAAGUUGCUGUGGGAGGAGGAGUGGAGGGGCCUGGGCAUCACGCAGAGCUUGGGUUGGGAACAUUAUGAAGUCCACGAACCAGAGCCCCACAUUCUGCUUUUCAAGCGACCAAUUAAUUACCAACCGCCCACGAAUUAGUUAACCUGGACUCUCUCUUCUCUCCAAAAGGAACACAAAAAAACAACUAACGAUAUAUGCUUGGGGCGUUCUUGCAUUUGUCCACGAUCAUCAAGCCAGGUCUCCGAAGAGCAAUGUAGAUCUCAAGUGAUCCAUUCAUACUUUUCGGAUUAGGCUUCAAAAUUGACUUUGGGAAUUAAGGCAAUAUAUUCCGAAAUUCCUUAAAUCACUUGAUUUGUUUGUUUGACUCUCCUUGCUGUUUUUUUAUUCCCAUAUAGAUAUUUUAUUUCACUUCCAUCUUUGUUUUUAUGUUACGGAAAGAGAAAAAAAAUCCACGUGAGCCCGUUCCAACACAUCCCUCUCACAUUCUCAUUAGGUGCUACACGUAUGCAUCAAUCCAUAGUCUCUCCUUUGCACAAAUAGUUGUCCUUCCCAUGUUUAAUCGUCAGAAUUUCCAGGCAUCGUCUUUGCGUUCCUUGAUUCUGAUGUUCCUAAAAUCACUCAACGGACCGAUAAUAAUCAAACGACAUUCUUCUGAAGC